UCGGCGUCGUACGCGGAGGCGCAGAAACGCGGCAGGGGGUUCUACCGCGCGGUGUGUCGCGAGGUGCCGUGGGUGCUGGAUAAUUACGCGCUUCGCGAGGUCGCCACGGAGACGCACGUGCGACGCGUGCUCAAGGAUUUGAUGCGAGCGCACGCGGAAAAGAUCGAUGGGGCGUCGAACGAUGACGCCGUGCGAGCGGGACUGCUCGAUCGGGCGCUGAUGCGAGGACGCGAGGAGUUGGUGGCGCUCGAGGCGCACCACUUUCAGCGACACCACAUGAUCACGCAAUUCGUC